CUGGCCUUCUUAAAGAGUACUUGCAGAUGCAACAAUCGCGAACCGUUAUUCAAUGCUUCGUCCCAUGUGCUACAGCUACAAGUAGGAGGUCGAUCCGUGACUGUCCCUGUUCCACAAUCUAUAGAGGCCUUCGAGCCGACCGCCGAGCAACCACCACCUGACUGCCCUGCCCCGCGGAUUGAGUGGGCAUACGGCUAUCGAGGAAAGGAUGUGAGGAAUAACGUCCACUACUUACCGACGGGCGAGCUAGUGUACUUUAGUGGUUCCGUUGUUGUGAUGCAUAACAUAAAGGAGCACUACCAACGUCAUUACACUGGCCAUACUAGCGAUGUAAAGUGCAUUUGCAUCCAUCCAAGCCGAGUACUUGUCGCCAGUGGUCAGACCACGUGCCAUCGACGGGAUCGUCGACCGGAGUUUGAUCGUCGCGACACGGUUGUCACACCGCUUGAUAUUGAGAAUGAAUUAGACCACAACCACACUGAGGCUCACAUCCGGAUUUGGGACAGUAUUACUUUGGCUACACUGCAUGUUAUUGGAGGGUCCAAAGCAAUGUUCGAAAAGGCGAUAGCGGCGCUGGCAUUUUCCAGUACCGAUGGUAACUAA